UUCCGCUGCACAAACAUUCACUGGGCUUUAACCUCACCCCCGGCUCACUUAUUAUCCACCUAUAUAACACCGUUGUGUUCCAUUUUCUUCUUUCUCUCAUCCAUAGCUCCUCAUAUCCGCCUCAUCUUCUCCCGCUAUACCUUUUCCCAGUGUCGGGAAUCGUUCCUACUUUCAACUUCCAAGUUUUCCCCACUUACGUGGAUCGCGAAUAUCCGAGAUGUCGCUUUGCAUAAACCGCCUUACAGAAGAAAGAAAGCAGUGGCGUCGAGAUCACCCCUUCGGAUUCUAUGCGAGGCCCCAUCGCAAUCCUCAAGGGGCGCUUGACCUCAAGCGAUGGGAAUGCGGUAUCCCUGGAAAGGCGCAAACCCUAUGGGAGGGUGGGCUCUUUAAGCUCGACGUUACAUUCCCAGAUGAGUAUCCUACAAAGCCACCCAAAUGCAAAUUCGUCCCCCCGCUCUUUCACCCUAACGUCUACCCCUCCGGCACCGUCUGCCUUUCGAUACUGAACGAAGAGGAAGCAUGGAAACCCGCCAUUACGAUCAAGCAAAUUCUUCUGGGUAUCCAAGAUCUAUUGGACGAUCCGAACCCUGAGUCGCCGGCCCAAGCUGAAGCAUACAAUCUGUUUAAGAAAGAUCGGCCGGCAUAUGAGAGGCGUGUCAAACAGGUGGUCAGAGAAAACCCGGCACUUUGAGUGAUUUGCUUGCGCACAUUGGGUAAAUUUAUUGUUCACACCAGCCGAAAUUACAAUCCAGUGCAGUUUGUCGCGGUACCCCAGACACUUGGUUCACGCGCUGGUAGAGGUUCCUGCGCUUCUCUCACUAAUGUUGCAAUGGUCAGAAUGCUGCUGACAUUGUAUCCUUGCUUCCAAAUGAAGUGACAAAAACUUCCACAGAAGGAUCCGUGG